CAGGACAUCGUUAGCCGGGCGACGCUAGGUCAGUUCUACGUUGCGACACGCCAUUGCCAGAAUGAAGAUGAUGCUGAAGACCUGGUCAAUGCUGAUCCUUUUGUUCCUAUGCGUUCGGACAAGUCAGGGACAAUGUCAGGGUAUCGAAGAAAAACUUUCUGAACUUGAGAAAACUUUCGAGCGACUUCGUACAAGUUUCUUAUCUCAUGUCUCGGAACUGAAGCUCGUGAAGGAACAAGUUUCUUCGGUCUUGGAUUUAGUUAAACCAAGUGACACCGGAAAAGAAGACUUCACCACCUUUAUCACUACUAGCCCCACCCCAAUCCCCACCUCCACCAUUCCUAGUGUCGUCAGUACCGAAAAGGUUCCAACUAAAGUAGAAACUCCCGAAAGAGUCGAUGACGAAGAAGGGUCCGGCGAAGACGGAGGGUCAGGAGACGACGAUGAAGGCAGUGGUGGCUCCGGAGAUAUCAAAAGCUUGAACGAUGACGAGGACUUUUCGGAAUAUGCCGACGACGAAGGCAGCAGCGGGUCCGGAGACGGUAAAGAUACCAAAAGCCUGGACACUGACGAUGACGAUGGCGAGUACUUUUCAGAAUAUGCUGACGAAGGCAGUAGCGGGUCCGGAGACGAUAAAGAUACCAAAAGCUUGGACGAUGACGAUGGCGAGUACUUUUCAGAAUAUGCUGACGACGAAGGCAGUAGCGGGUCCGGGAACGAUAAAGAUACCAAAAGCUUGAACACCGACGAUGAUGAAGACUUCUCAGAGUAUGCUGACGAGGGUUCGGGUUCAGGGCAUGGUUCGUUGAAGGCACUUUACAGGCGACCUAUCGUUUUUGCCAAGUUGUAAAUGAACCCCAGAAACUGAUUGGGUCGUCUAAAUAGUGAUACACUUCCUGCACGUAGCACUGAUACAACCUUUUACCGGGCCAAAAUGCGUCAGGAUGACCGACACAAGGGGCAAAAAGUGCAUUUCUAUUCAGAUAAAGACCCACACAUUUUUCUGUGUGAACCUAGAGGCACGAAAAAUACCAACCUGAGCAUCGGCGAUAAUCUCGGACGGGAUGAAGCUUUCAGUAACAAAUGAUCGAAGCAAAUGUCAAAAAAUUCUAAUUUCUGAUGAAUUAUUCGAAUUAUUAUGAAUUAAAGAAUAUGAAUGACUGACUGUGAAGAGGUGAGAAUAAAGGAAAAGUGCGAGGGAUUAGUUCGCAAGAGUGAAUAUAGAGGGAAAACUAUGUAAUGUGAUGAUUAAGCAGUGAGUACAUAAGUAGGAUUAGUAAAAAGAAAAAAAUCUGAGGGAAGCGUAUAGGAGAAGUGAAUGAAAGAUGAGUAUGAAGAAGUGAAUUAAUGGAUUUGUUAUGUAGUGUAGCGAGGAGUGUUCAAGUAGCAAGUAGCUAGUCUAAUACGAUAACAGAACCAUCAUUGUCAUUUAUAUAGUAGGGUUGCAAUUUUAUUUCGUCGAAUUAAAUCAAUUUGUGAUGCGUUUGUGAACCAGCCCACCGAAUUCAUGACAUUUAAAUUUCAGAGUUUAAAAUUUCUUUAGUAAGUCACUGCGCGCUCGCGUAGCCACAUUUUUACCAUGCGGUGCGGACUCGACUUUUUCUGUUGUGUCGUUUCUAAGGUUUAAGGAGUUUGCCGACUUACUUUGUAUUCAUAUAAAUGUAAGCUAAGCAGCUUAGCAAUAAGGAUUCACUGCUUUUGUUGCUACUGAUAAGUUUGAUAUAGAAACUUAAUGAUGAGCUUUACCUAGAAACCUCGAGGGAAGCUCGAUCUAGAAAGCGAGGGAAAAGCUCGAUCUAGAGAGCGAAGGAAAAGCUCGAUCAAGAAAGCGAGGGAAAAGCUCGAUCAAGAAAGCGAGGGAAAAGCUCGAUCUAGAAACCGAGGGAAAAGCCCGAUCUAGAAACCGAGGGAAAAGCUCGAUCUAGAAAGCGAGGGAAAAGCUCGAUCUAGAAA